UCCAAUGUUUCAGUGUUAUAGUGGCAAUUCUCUGUGGUAGACAUGAGGCCUGAAAUGCUGUUGCUGCUGCCACUGCUGGUUCUGAUGCCCACCUGCAGUGCUUCAGAGGAGUCUUGUAUUGAUCGAUGUGACAACGGCUUUGAUGCGACCAAGCAGUGCCAAUGUGACUCUAUGUGCAAAUACUACGAAAGCUGCUGUGCUGACUAUGACUCAGUCUGUGAAGAUAUGACCCGUGGAGACACGUUUCCAGCUUUCCCUGAGGAUGAGGACAAGGAAAACAGCACAGAGGUGUCGCCUUCACCCGAAGUCAAGAACACCAACCAAAUGCCUCUGCUUUCUUCCACAAUCAAACCACUUACCACUACAUUUACCCCUGCUUCACCAAGCCCCGACGCUGAUGCUGAAUUGUGCAGUGGCAAGGCAUUUGAUUCCUUCAUGCAGCUUAAAAAUGGCUCUAUCUAUGCCUUCAGGGGAAAGUAUUUCUUUGAGCUGGAUGCAAAGUUAACAGCAGCAGGUUGUCCGAGACUAAUCGAAGAUGUAUGGGGAAUAAAGGGGCCCAUAGAUGCAGCAUUUACACGUAUAAACUGCCAAGGAAAGACAUAUAUCUUUAAGGGAAGCCAGUACUGGAGGUUUGACAAUGGUGUUCUGGAUGAAGGUUACCCAAGUAAUAUCUCUGUAGGAUUUGAAAAUAUACCCGAUGACUUAGACGCUGCUUUUGCCACCCCUGCAUACAACCACCGUGGCAAGGAGAAGGUCUUCUUUUUCAAAGGUGACUGGUAUUAUCAGUAUGAGUUUAAGCACCAGCCGUCCCAUAAGGAAUGCAUUCGGAUGACCAGGAGUUCCCCAUCUGCACUUUUUAGACGAUACACUGAUAUAUAUUACGAUCGCUGGGCGCAGCACUUCAACCAACUUUAUAGUGACCUACACAGCCAUCACAGCAGUCGUAAUUCUAUCAAUAAGGACUGGAUUGGUAUUAAAGUGCCAGUAGAUGCAGUGCUGGCUGGAAGGCUAUAUGUCCCUCCUAGACAUGUACGUCUCAGUGAGAGGCGCCAGGAUCAUCAGCAGCAAUGGGAUCAACAGUGGGGCCAACAGUGGGGCCAACAGUGGGGUCAACAGUGGAAUCAGCAGCAGAGGGGCCAGAGGCGUAGGCAAAACCGAUCGCCAUCCUGGAAUGGUAUGGCUGAGAGUGGCAUUGGAUUACAAUUUGCCCAGACGUUUGGCCAGAACCCCUGGAGAGACCAGGACAGACAAAGAAAUGGCUAUCGCUGGCAGUAUGACCAAGAAUACAGAUACAACCCAUUAGAGGAUGCAACCUUUGACAUAUUUCGCAAAAGACGGCCAUUACAGAGUGUCUACUUCUUUAAAGGAGAUCAAUACUACAGGGUCAAUCUGAAGACUAAGCUAGUUGACCGUGCUUUUCCUCCGUACCCCAGAUCUAUAGCCAAAUACUGGCUGGGCUGCUCAGAACAAACAGGAGCAGAGAAGUGAUGAGUUCCUCUGUAAACCUCUAUAAUACAGUAGUUUUUGUAUUUUCUACCUAAAAGAAAAAAAUUGGAGCAUUUUAUGACACAAUUAUUAUAAAGAAUAGCCUGUUUAGUACUAUUAUAUCUGUGUCAUCUGAGUGAUGCAUUUAUUCAAUUCAUAGUUUGAAUAGUUUGCAUUCCAAUAAAAUGUUUUAUCAAC